UGAGCUUUACUGUAUCACACGACACUUCGUUUUAGUAUUAUUGAACAAAGAGUCAUUCCAGUGCUUUAAUUUAUGCGAUGAGUUCAAAUAAAGCCUAUUUGAAGUAUAACACUCCAAAGUACAUGAGUUGUGUGAACAGAAAAGCAAAUGUUAGUUAUGAUUGAAGGAUCAUCCCAGAAUUGUGCUAAGCAAAAAUGAGUGCUACAACGGCAACAAAGUUUCUCAAAUGUGUGACAGUUGGAGAUGGAGCUGUCGGAAAGACCUGUCUUCUCAUCUCCUACACUACCAACACCUUCCCUACCGAUUAUGUUCCUACUGUUUUUGAUAACUUCAGUGCUAAUGUUGUUGUUGAUGGCACCACUCUCAAUCUGGGUCUUUGGGACACUGCUGAAAAGUAAUGCAGGUCAGGAGGAUUACAACAGGCUAAGGCCUCUGAGUUAUCGAGGAGCUGAUGUUUUCAUUCUUGCAUUUUCACUCAUAAGUAGGCCUAGCUAUGAGAACAUUUCUAAGAAAAAGUGGGUUCCGGAGCUCAGACAUUAUGCCCCAUCCAUACCCAUUAUUCUUGUGGGAACUAAACUAGAUCUGAGAGAAAAUAGACAAUUUCAAAUGGAUUAUCCUGGGGCGUCCAUUAUUUCUACAGAACAGGGCAUAGAACUAAAGACGCAAAUAGGAGCACUGGCAUACAUAGAAUGCAGCUCUAAAUCACAGCAGAAUGUGAAGGCUGUGUUUGAUGCAGCCAUCAAGGCAGUUCUCCAGCCUCCAAAGAUGAAGAAGCAAAAGAUAAAACAAAGGGUCUGCCAUUUUCUUUAAUUACUUCAUUAAGUAAAUGCUUUACCAAUUUCAUUCAUCUGAUAUGCUGGUAAAGAGAGUCCACAAAUGUGGUGUUUUAUGUUGUAAACUUGAAUGUGAAGAAGUGAGAAAACAUAUGGACAUGAGCGAUACUAAGUCCUAUAGAGACA